AGAAUUGUGAUACUCUGAAAAGCUUUAAAAACCCAACUUAUUGUGGAAUAGUGUCGUUUUAUAAGAUGUCUGACCAACAGCAACAGCAACAACAACAAGCACAACAGAACCAGUUUGAUCCAAACAACCUUGCUCAGGGUUUGCAAAAUGUCAACUUGGGUGGUCAAUUCGAUCCAAACAACGCAAAUGCUUUCGUUCCCAACAUGAACUUCCAGCAAUUUGUCCCUCAGUUUGACCCUUCACAAGUUCAACAACAGAACUACAACCAAUACCAAAAUUACAACAAUUUAAACAGCAACAGAGGUGGUUUCAACAACAGAAGGGGUGGUUCCAACAACUAUAAUAACAGAAACAAUUAUAACAACAACCAAAAUUACAACAACAAUUACAACAACUACAACAACUACAACAACUACAACAGCGGUUACAACAACAACUAUAACGGUGGCUUUAACAACGGCUAUAGCAACGGCUAUCAAGAUACCGAUCAGCAACAGGAAACUUCUGGCUCGCAACAAAUGAGUUUUGAAGAGUAUCAAAAGCAACAACAAGAAAAGCUCAAUGCUGCUCCAAAGAAGAAAACUUUAAAGCUCAAUUUGAAGUCGAGUACUGUCAAGCUUGCCACUAAGAAGAAGGAGGAGCCAAAGGUGGAAGAAGCAAAGGAAGUAGCUAAGGAAGAACCCAAGGCAGAAAUCAAAGCAGAAGCGCCUAAGAUUGAGGAGAACGUUGAAAAACAGGUUGAGGAACCAAAAUCAGAGGCUCCAAAAGCUGAAUCCAAAAAAGAGACAACACCAGCACCAUCUGUCUCCGCUAGUAAAUUGCAAAACAAUACAGCAACUGCGGAAGCUCUUGCAAAGGAACAAGCAGACCAAGUUGAUCCUGCUGUUGUCAAUGACAUGUUUGGUGGUAAGGAUCACGUCUCGAUCAUUUUCAUGGGCCAUGUCGAUGCAGGUAAGUCAACUAUGGGUGGUAACAUUUUGUACCUGACUGGUGCUGUUGAUAAACGUACUGUUGAGAAGUACGAAAGAGAAGCCAAAGACGCAGGUAGACAAGGAUGGUACUUAUCUUGGAUUAUGGAUACCAACAAGGAAGAAAGAAGUGAUGGUAAAACUAUCGAAGUUGGUAAAUCUUACUUCGAGACUGACAAAAGACGUUACACAAUCUUGGAUGCUCCCGGUCAUAAACUUUAUGUUUCUGAAAUGAUCGGUGGUGCUUCCCAAGCAGAUGUUGGUAUUUUGGUUAUCUCUGCCAGAAAGGGUGAAUACGAAGCAGGUUUUGAAAGAGGUGGUCAAUCCAGAGAGCACGCCAUUUUAGCUAAGACGCAAGGUGUUAAUAAAUUGAUUGUUGUCAUCAAUAAGAUGGAUGACCCUACUGUGGGUUGGUCUGAAGAAAGAUACAAUGAAUGUAUAAGCAAAUUAUCCCUCUUUUUGAGAGGUGUCGGCUAUCAAAAGGAAGACGUUGUGUUUAUGCCAGUCUCAGGCUACACUGGUGAAGGUCUAAAGGAAAGAAUUCCAAGCUCUCACUGUCCUUGGUACAAAGGUCCUUCAUUAUUGGAAUACCUUGAUGGCAUGCCAUUGGUUCAAAGAAAAAUCAAUGAUCCUUUCAUGCUCCCAAUAUCAGGAAAAAUGAAGGAUUUGGGUACAGUGGUUGAGGGUAAAAUUGAAUCCGGUCAUAUCAAGAAGGGUCAAAAUUUGUUGAUGAUGCCAAACAGAGUUUCCGUUGAAAUCCUGACCAUUUACAAUGAAACUGAAGCUGAGGCAGAUAAUGCAUACUGUGGUGAACAGGUAAGAUUAAGACUAAAGAACGUCGAAGAAGAAGAUGUUUCCACUGGUUACGUGCUAACAUCAACAUUACACCCAGUGCACACUGUUACCAAAUUCGAAGCUCAAGUCGCUAUUGUUGAGUUGAAAUCCAUUCUAUCUUCCGGUUUCUCUUGUGUUAUGCACGUUCAUACUGCAAUUGAAGAAGUAAAUUUUGUUCAGUUGUUGCAUAAGUUGGAAAAGGGUACCAACAGGAAAUCCAAAAAGGCACCUGCUUUUGCUAAACAAGGUAUGAAGAUCAUCGCUGUGUUGGAAACCACCGAACCUGUUUGCUUAGAAACAUACGAAGACUAUCCCCAACUAGGUAGAUUCACCUUGAGAGAUCAAGGUCAAACUAUUGCUAUUGGUAAGGUAACAAAACUUCUAAACUGAUUUUCCAUUUUAUAAUUCUAUAUAUCUGCCAAAGAUUUUCAAUGUUCGUUCAUUUAUUACUUUUUUGUUUUUGAAAGAAAUCACGUACAA